AAACAGUUGAAUUUAGAGCGGUGAUGCAAUGAAGAUCAGCAUCACGAGUUCUACAACAUAUAAAAAAUUAUAGCAAAUUCACCGAAAGCCAAUAUCUCUUUGAUGCGGUGCGAGAUCCUUUUUCACCGAAAAUAUCUACAGGCUGGAUAAUCUCGUGUACGCAAGCGUCAACUGUUGGCGCGAAUCCGGCUGAUCGAUCGGGAGUUGGAAGUCCAGGAGUCCCGGAGUAACACUGCAAUGUAAUCCAGUCUUCCCGGAGUUUCCUAUCGGUGCGGUUACUCUUUACUUGAUCUUCCAGUAGUUUUCAGAUUUUACGAACGUGAAACAAUCUCAAAUUUUUUCGAAUGAAAAUUUCCACCGAAACUCCAUUCCUAAGACCGACGAGACCGUCGUUAUUCCAAAAAUAGAUAAUUCUUUUCUGAAUUUCGACGAUGUAUCAACAAGUUCCCUGACGUACAAGCCUUAGCGAUUUCUCGGCAAAAAUCAACUGAUGAGGUGCAAUCAAAUCGAUAUCCUAUAAACUUGAUUAAUAUAUCAAGGUUGAAAAAAUUAACCUAAUAUGAAUAAAACACCCUGAAACCCCACGUAUUCACCUUGUACUGAAAUCCUAGUUGAUGUUCUCUUAUCAGUGUUUGGGAAGUUCGAACAUGAUCAAUUCCAAUUCAUGAAUACUGCAAUAACACUACAAAAACGGCACUAUCAAAGUAAAGUUGAGCUUAUGAAGUAUUUUCAAUCAUAGAAUUGUUGUGAUAUUCUUCAAAGUUUUACGUAGUCUAGAAUAGUGAUUUAGGCGAUUGUUUUCGAAGAUAUUUUUCAACUGGGUACAAUGUUAUGAAUUUAUUAGACCUUUCUGGAGUAGAUAGUUUUAUAAUACCUGUUUGUUUGUGAUCUAGAAUUAGGAAUAGCUAAAAUAUAUUGUUCAGUGGACAGUGACACAAUUAACACCAAUAUGAGCUAUCAACGUUCCUGUUUGGCAAAUAGAACCAUGAAUGAAAAGCGAUUUUUUUGUGAAGUGUGAGAAGUUUAAUGACCAAGUGACAAACGGUUUUUUCUAUAGACAAUGAGCUAUUUGCGAUCUUGCUUAUCAAGGAGGAUGACGAAUGGGAAGAUUUCGUCCCUUGUGGAGCAGCAUGGAUCUUCCCCUACUGGUGGAUUGCGACCAGGUGCUGUUGCCAGAGUGGGCCAGGCUGUCAAUCUGGCCGUCGAAAGAUUCGUUACAGUUGGCGAAACUAUCGCCGAUGAUUAUCCAGAAGUUAGACAAGGCAUGUACGAGGCGUGCAAAGAAGCACGACAAGCUGGGAGUGCGAUCGAGAGCAUCUGCGAAGAGACGCAGGAGGCGGAAAAAGCUCGACCAGAUCGGACCGUUCUGAUCAGAGCGUCGAGGUGUCUACUUGGGGCCAUCACCAGAGUGCUUUUGUUAGCGGAUAUCGUGGUUGUUAAACAAUUACUUUUAGCCAAAGAUAAGGUCUCGCACAGUUUGGACCGACUCGAAUCGGUGAAUAAUUUCACAGAGUUCGUGAAAGCCUUCAGCCAGUUUGGAUCAGAGAUGGUCGAACUUGCACAUUUGACUGGUGAUCGUCAGAACGAUCUUAAAGACGAGCGUAGGAGGGCGCAGAUGGCAGCAGCCAGACAGGUACUCGAGAGGUCUACGAUGAUGCUCUUGACGUCCAGUAAGACAUGUCUUCGGCAUCCUGAUUGCAGCUCAUCUAGAGAAAACCGCGAUACUGUUUUUUGCCAGAUGAGAAGAGCGAUGGACCUCAUUCAUUUCGUCGUCAAGGACGGUGUUUUGAAUUCCGGCGACAGCCAUGUGCAGAGAGAAGAAUUGUUGGAAAAUGAAAGAGCCACCGCCUACUCAUGCCUUAGGCAUCUGACCAGGCUUUUGGAAGUGAGCAAAGUCACCAUGGAUUCCUCAUGUCAGGAGACAAUCCCCAGUGGCCUGGAAGCUGUUCUCGAAAGAACUCAGGACUUCACUGAUAGUGCCUACACAAGUCAUGAACAUAGAGAAGCUAUUUUAGAGCGUUGUGACAGAUUGAAAUUAGAAUUGGACCAUUUACUAGGGCUGUAUGCAAAUGUGAUGGGCUUUGAGGAAGCCACCCAUUCACCGGAAAUAGAAGCGUCGGUGAGCGCUUGCAUCGACGCCGUCAAGGAAGUAUCGAAGAAUCUGGCGAUAGCUGCCAGCAAUCAAGCGCAAGAACUGAGCACGGCGACAAAACAGGGUCUAGAGUUAGUUGGAAUGAUUAAACAGGAAGCUGCCAUCUCAGACAUCAACAGAUUACACCAUACUUCUAACGCUUUCCAGGAUUCCAUAGAUCACAUACUUGAGGUGUGCAAAUUGUUGCGGCAUGUGGCAGUUUCGGAAACCCACCAGAUUUCGGCAAAAUUUACGGAGAUAAAUCUGCGAGUUUAUGGGCCUCAGGUGAUAACGGCUGCUAAGACGUUGGCCGGAUAUCCGGGCAGCAAAAUUGCUCAGGAGAACUUGGAAGUUUUCGCCGAUAUGUAUCAAUGGUUGGUGUCUGACGUCACGGCGAUAGUCAAGGACGUCUUGGAGACAAGUCAGGGUAAACCGGAGAAGCAAGUCUACAUGUCACUGCCGAGACCUGGGAAACACGGCACCACUUCGAAGCCAGUGAAGUCGGUACGCCUGGAUGUGGACGAGCAGGAGAAGAUAGCAAAAUCCGGUCUGGAGAUGAAGCUGAUAACGAACGAGAUGGACGCGGAAACUGAUAAGUGGCAGGAAAGUAACAACGCCCAAGUUGAGGAGAAUAAUGACAUCGUGAAAAGGGCCAAGAAUAUGUCAGCUAUGGCGUUUUCAAUGUAUCAGUUCACGAAAGGCGAAGGUGAGCUAAAGACUACGCAGGAUCUUUUCACUCAAGCCGAGUAUUUUGCUGAAGAAGCCAAUAGGUUGUAUAAGGUCAUCAGGCAAUUCAGUUACCAGGUUCCUGGUGGGGCGAACAAGAAAGAGCUUUUGGAAAAUCUGGACAAGGUGCCCACAUUCGUUCAGAGACUCCAGUUCACUGUAAAGGAUCAUACAGUUGGUAAGGCUGCGACCUUUACAAAAGUGGACAAUGUGAUACAAGAGACAAAGAAUCUUAUGAACGUUAUUUCUAAAGUUGUUACAACUUGUUUCGAAUGUGCUACAAAGUACAAACUGGAGUUCCGCGGCUGUGGGGCGGCCGGUGGAAGAGGAACAGGGGCUGAAGGGGGUUCCCUAGGCAGUGGCGCCACCUCUGGAGACACCAAAGUUGCUGGAGCGUCAGGCUCGGAUCAAUCCUUAUGACAGUUGGGGAUGUCCCGGCGCAACAAGGGAGACUCGAGGAGAACUCGAGUUUCCUUCCUGUUGUUCUAGGACAACUUUUCAUUGUCUUUCGAUGUUGAGUUCUUCAUUAAAACGCUGUGCUUCAAAAAUAUGACAAUUUCGCCAUUCGCGAAUGAUUUUAUAAGUAGAUUCAGAAAUGUACUUUAUGCUCUGAUUGAAAGUUCCGACCGAAUUUCCUGACAUAUUUUACUCAGAAAUUAGUUGAAGGUUCUUUAGGACCUGAAACAGAUAUUGAUAUUAUUCUCUGUGUAGUUGACUGUAUAUGGUGUCUCGAAUUCGUUGUCUAGUGAGGAGAUCUAAAAAAUUCCUUUGAGCUAGAAAAAAGAUUUGGCACAUUUUCGAGAGAAAACUGGAAAAUAGAGUGAAUUGGUAGGUUCUCAUGACUUCUAAUGAUGCUAUAAAUUUAAAACAAAAACAUUUUACAGGAAGAUUUUUUUAGAAGAAUUCAUUGCUGUAAUAAAUUUUUUUUAUUGUUUUCAAGCUAUAAUACAAUAAUGCUUGUAAAUCACAAACAUUUCUGUAAUAAAUAAAAUCGCCUUUUUUAUCUUUUUUCCAUGAAUACAUGAAAUGAUAUAUGCAUUCCUUAUUAAACUAAGCAAUCAUCAAAAAUUUCAGUUGCACAUGGCAAAUUAACAAAGUGCUUCUCUAUGAUAAUCUGUGAACUGCAAAUAAUCAAAAUAUUAGGUGAAAUAGAGAGUAAUUUACUUAGGAAUUCGCAUUUAUCAUGAUCUCAUAUUCUGUGAUUGACAGAUACCAACAGAAUACAGCAUUUUUAGCUAAUCAUUUGAAUUAGGAAAAUGGUGCCAAAAAUAUUUGAUAUUCCAAGUUAUUUGCAUGCAAAUAAUGAAACAUGGAGCAUCAAAAUAGCCACAGAUUUUUUGAGUGCACUCAAUAUCUUCAUUGAAACCUUUGAAAGGAAGAUAUGUAUAAGCCUUUAGGAAAAACAGUUUUAUCUUAUAGCUUGAAAACAAUCAAACCCAUAAAGUUAAUCCUCUCAAAAAUCGAGCCGGAAAAUGUGUCAUUCAUUUUUUCUCUAGCUCAAAGGGAUUCUGGAAUCCCCUUACCUUACAACGAAUUUGGGACACCUGAUACAGAAAAUACCCUCGUUGAAUAUCCCAAAAUAUGAAAGAUGUAAAUCGUUAGGGUUUGUUUGAUAUUUUUGAGAAAUAAAAAUGUGGAAGUUACAUGAUUAAUAACUCGAUCAGAGCAUUCGAAACAUUGCAUGGGCUUCCAUGCAAAAACUAGAUUUAAUGCGUUUUUGCUGGUUAUGAAAUGUUAUCUAUAGCACUCGUUCAAGCAUACACCUGAAGUAUUUCGAUUUCUUUCAGGAUAUAAAUGAUCUGGGUAUGAAAAGAUUAUAUUUAUAUCGUGAGAUGAAUUGACGUCCGCAUUUUCAAGCGAAAAUUUCGAUGAAGCUAAAACGCAUCGUGUUAUAAUCCUGACCAUUCCCAAAAAAGCUCCAUAAACAUUUGAUAUAAAUAUAGAAAGUUUAUAUUUAAUUAGUUGUGAUCGGAGAAGUUACGUUUAGAAUGAAUCUUGAUACCUAUAUGCAUUGUUUUGUACGAAAUCGAACACAGGCCAACAGACAUUUUGGUGUCCGUGGUUAGUUUUUGGUUACCUUCAUAUUUUGAGAUUUAUUACAUUUUGAAUUUUUUUCAUUUCAUCAGCACAUUAACAAUAAUUGAAAUUUAUUUUAAUAAUUAAAAUCAAUUUUUUUUUAUUUUGUUGGCCUGUGAAAUCAUAUUUAUUUCAUUUUUGGAUAUACCUACCUAAAUUGUUUUGAAGUUGUAUUCGUGCCAAAAUGAAUUAACGUAUGUGCAACUAGUACAUAUUUUCAAUAUUCAUGAGGUUUAUUUGGAUAAUUUCGAAGCAUUCCAAUUUUCUAAACAAAAAUUAUUUUGAAUACCUGAGAGACAUUGAUAUGAUGCGGUUUUGAGAUAUUUGAAAUACGAACAAAUGACAAACGGAAAAAAAUAUGUUUCUGUUUGUCUUUUCCAUUAUAAUUCGUCAAGAAAUCAAAUAUAAUCAUUAAAAUCCUUCAAUCAAGUGCGACUUUAAAAAAAUCGAAAUGACUUAUUUCCCUCAUAAUUUUUUUGUCCAACGAAUUGGAAAUUAUAUGAUUAGAAGAGUAGAAAAGCCGAAUCAUAUCGAGAUCUAUCAAGGAGAAUAGAGAAUAUCGGAGAGAGAUUGUGUUAUAAGGCUUUAUGCGACUUGUUAAUUCAUUGUUUUAUGUGUCUACUUUUAAAGAAAAAUAUCGUUACGCUUAAAUAUUUGUAUAUUAGUACUAUUAGCAUAUUAUGUGUUUAGCGUUAGGUUUGAAGUUCUCUUAUUGUGUGCGUAUAUGAUGAAACCUUUUUUCAUCUUGGUGAAUGAGCUUUAAAAUUGUAGAAUAGCGUCGAAUAUUAAACGGGAUAAAAAGUAUUUUUGAAAUUUUGUAAUAAUUUUUCACAAUAACAUGAUGAGAAAGAAGUCUUUUAAAUUCUAACAAUAGUUCAUAUGAUUUUUUUCAAUAGCUCACAUGAAAUUAAUGAUUUCUUCAAAUACAAAAUGAUAAAUUGAGUUUCAAAUGUUUAUUUUUGUAUUAUACAUAUAAUGAACUUUUAUUCACUAUUCCAAAUAAAUGAUAAUCAAAUUAAGGAUAGGCUAAAUUUACGUGAAACCAGAACAGAUUGCUAGAACAAUCAUUGAAUGACUACAGUAUGAAUAUUCAAAUUUCCAUAUUAUAUUUAUUAUCCAUUCCUUCGAAACUAGUAUACAUAUUAUAUAAAUGAUAUCUUUUUAGCAUUUUUAUAACAGAAUUGUUGAAAGUAAUUAUAGUGUUUUCGAUCCAGAGGAUCGAAUUCUUUUAGUCGAUCGUUGUUAUGGUGAUAAUAAAUUUUGUUUUCGGAAAACAUCUUCGAAGAUGUUUAUUCAUACAAAUUGUAUGUGCAAAGUACUAGAUUGGAUUUUUAAAUAAUAUAUGGAGUAUUAUAAUAAAAUACUUAAAUAUCCAGACUAGCAUUUUGUGAUAAACAAUUGGCUACAAUCAGAUUCCUCUUAUUAAAUAUUUCAUACCUUAAUACAUAUUUAGAAUACCUAUAUAUUUUUAGGAAACGAAAAUAAUAUUGACCUACGUGUGACUGUAAUGUACUACUUUAAGAUGUAUUCCAGAUAUUGGUGAGUAUUUUGGAAAUAUUAUGUUGUGCCUGUAAACAUUACAAUGACAUAAAUAUAGACUACAUAUUUAUUAUAACAAAUAGCUGCAAUAGCGUUCAGCGUAAAAAGAAGAGUCGAUUGAAUUUCGUUAUUUUGAAUUUGUUUCAUUUUUCUCGAAUAAUUAUUUAUAGAUCUAGUUACCAAUAAGAUUGAAUGCCGUAUUCCAAUUUAAAGAAAUUCAAGAGGCAAUUCUUUCCUCAAACCUAGAUACCAAAGUAAUUCAUAUAGAUCCAGUGAUGUAUAUUUCAGAUAAAUAACGAUAAUAUUUUCAUGUUUGCUAGUUUAGAUUUUAUACCUUUGAAUUGUAUAUUCAUUGUUGAAACACAAAAAUUCAUGGAGAAAAUUGAGAUUGUUGGUGUCUUGAAAUUGUUUAUGAGAGGUCUAGAUGUUUUGAAUGAAAUAAUAAACUUUAUAUUGUG